CACAAGCAUAUUGUGAUACAUUUCCUGCUCAGCUCUUUUCCACUUUACCUUGUGUGGUCCCUAUAUUUAGCUCAGUCCAGGGAAACGAACCAACACAGGCAGGAAAACUAAGUUGGGAAAGAAUUGGAGGAAGUCUAGUGGCCAUUUAGACAAACAACUCACACACUGGGAUCAGAGCUGGCUGAAUAUGCAGCAGUAGGCCUACUCUAUAUGGCUGAGACAGACAAAGGACUUUAGAAUGAUAGAGGGCCAUCUGAAGAAAGACUUAGCAGAUACUAGAAGAGCUAUGCUGGCUUCAGUAGCAGCCUUUUGGAUCCUGCUGGAUUUGGGUUUUGAUGUGGAUUUGAACAGACAAAAGGUGGAUCUAUAAAUGACCAUGUUUAAAAGGUGGAUCCAUGUGGUCUGCUGGUAGAUCUCGGCUGGUUGAAAGUCUCAGAUGAGGAAAACCCUGAUUGGUCCAGAGCAGUGAGCAGGAAGUGUUGACCUCUGUCCUUCCUCCAGUUUGGCACCAUGGGAUCAUCCACAUUGGGAAAGGCAGCAUCUCUUGAUGCUCUUGUAAAUGAAUGCAUUCAUGCAUUUGAUGACAAUGGGGAGCUGCAGGCCAACCUGCUUCCUCGCAGCCUGCUGCUGAUGCAUCGUUGGUACAUUACAUCCUCAGAACUGGCGGGAAAACUACUGAUGAUGUACCGUGACUGUAAAGCUGACAACUGCCAGGGAACCAGGCUGAAGAUUUGUUAUUUAAUGAGGUACUGGAUUGUGACAUUCCCUGCAGAGUUCAACCUGGACAUGGGUCUGAUCAGGAUAACAGAGGAGUUCAGAGAUGUGGCUGCUCAGCUCGGCUGUGAGAAACAUUUCAAGCUCCUCGACAUCUCCACCAUUCCGUCAUAUGACUGGAUGCGUAAGUUGACCCAGCGCAAGAAGCAGGCUAAGAAAGGCAAGGCCUCGCUGCUGUUUGACCACCUGGAACCUAUGGAGCUGGCCGAGCAUCUCACCUUCCUGGAGUUCAAGUCCAUACGGAGGAUAUCGUUCACUGAUUACCAGAGCUAUGUGAUCCACGGCUGCCUGGUGGACAACCCAACUCUGGAGCGGUCCAUUGCUCUGUUCAACGGAGUCUCUCAGUGGGUCCAGCUCAUGGUGCUCAGCAAGCUAACACCUCAGACUCGCGCAGAGGUUAUUACCAAAUACAUCCACGUGGCUCAGAAACUUCUGCAGCUGCAGAACUUCAACACUCUGAUGGCGGUGGUGGGGGGCCUGAGCCACAGCUCCAUUUCUCGACUCAAGGAGACUCAGUCUUAUCUGGCUCCCGAAGUUGUGAAGAUCUGGAGCGAGAUGACAGAGCUGGUGUCCUCCAACAACAACUACUCCUGCUACCGAAAGGCUUUCAAUGAAUGCCAGGGCUUUAAAAUCCCCAUCCUGGGUGUGCACCUCAAGGACCUGAUUGCAGUGCAUGUCGUCUUUCCUGACUGGGUUCAUGACAGUAAUAAGGUGAACCUGGUGAAGAUGCAUCAGCUCUACAUGACCUUCAAUGAGUUGGUGUCAUUGCAGAGUGCAGUGGCCCAAGUGGAGCCCAACAUGGACCUGAUCUACCUGUUAACGCUUUCUUUAGACCUUUAUUACACAGAAGAUGAAAUUUAUGAGUUGUCAUUGCUAAGGGAACCACGUAACUCCAAAUUAUUGCCUACCUCUCCAACAACUCCCAACAAACCUAUGGUCCCACUGGACUGGGCCUCCGGUUUCAACACUAAACCAGACCCUUCUGUGGUCAAUAAACACAUCAGGAAGGUGGUAGAUUCUGUGUUCAGGAAUUAUGACCAUGACCAUGAUGGCUAUAUUUCUCAAGAGGACUUUGAGAGCAUCGCUGCUAAUUUUCCCUUCCUGGACUCCUUCUGUGUUUUGGACAAAGAUCAAGAUGGAUUGAUCAGUAAGGAUGAGAUGAUAGCGUAUUUCCUGCGGGCUAACCCACUGCUCCAGUGUAAGAUGGGUCCAGGUUUCAUCCACAACUUCCAGGAGAUGACAUACCUGAAGCCCACCUUCUGUGAACAUUGUGCUGGAUUUCUUUGGGGAAUCAUCAAACAGGGCUACAAGUGCAAAGACUGUGGCGUUAACUGUCAUAGACAAUGUCGGGAGCUGCUGGUUCUGGCCUGUAGGAAGCUGAUCCGCUCUAGCUCUCUGGGCAAUGUUUCUCCUGCCAGACUGACCCACAGCUCACUGCCCAGCAGCCCAGCAUUGCCCACUUGUAAAGAUGAGGAUGAGGUGUUUGAGUUCCCAGCUGUCACAUCAGCAGGUCCAGCUCUGGACACUCAGUCCAUCACCCUGAUGACUGGCUCGGCCCAGAGGAUCUCUGUGCGCCUGCAGAGGGCCACCAUCAGCCAGGCCACCCAAACAGACCCCCCGUGGUCUGAACACAGCUGGGGGGCCACAGAUGGCGGCUCCCACACCUUCCCCAAAAUGAAAUACAGGACUCACAGAAAAACAUCUAAAAAUAAAGGUUUUGCCCGCUGGGAAAACCAGAAUGACCAGGCAGUUUCUUCACGGUGCAGCACGGACUCUCGGGAGAAGUCAGACGUAUCAGGAGAGCUUGUACUGAACGGGAAUCCACACAGAGGGAAGGACAGCUGACUUGGUCACGUUGGUGAGGGCCAGUUCCAGGGGUCCAGAAAGCCCCUGGUGGCUGGGACCAGGAAGCUCUUCUCUCUGGGGGACGUGCUGGGUUGUCUGAGGUCCCCCUUCAGUGACUUGGAGUUAUCAUGUCCUCUCUAGACCUCAGCACAGGCGGAGCUACAUCUGGAUGCCAUGUAGCUGCAUGGAAGGACAUAAUGUGUGGUCUCUUGGAGACUUCACUCUUCUCUUGGAGAGUUCACAAAGAUGAAGCAGAUGAGCUCAGAGGAUAAUGGAACAUGGGAUGACACCUCCAUCCUGUGCAGCAUAAUCGGCUGGGGAUCAGUGGAGAUUACUAAAACGUAACUUAGGUUGGAGUUUGAUUCGGGAUGUACAUAACACUAGCACUUGAAAAAGAGAGAAGAAACAUUUUUUAAACUUCCUAAAAGUGUGGAAUGAAAUUCAGUUGAGUGGAUCAAAGCCAGCCAGUUACUCUACGUAAACCAGCUUUAAAUUCCAGGCUGGGUACAGAAUGUCAAAAUAAAAGCCUGAUCUGAAGAAAGCGACAAGCAAGUUCUCAAUGAUCACUUCCCAAGUUGAAAUGAUCAGAUAAAGUGUGAUGGAUAUGGGAGAGUGUGUACAUUUUUGUAUGGUGAGUUGCAAAAAAAGGGAAAGUCAAAAUGAAAGUGAAUGUUAAAGGCAUCCAGCCCUUCUGAAGAUGGACGAUUCUGGAAAACCUUAGAAUCUGUUAAAUUAUGUUUUUGAGUGUUCAUUGCCAAUGUUUUUAUUUAUUCCUACAGUAUCUGCACCUGACAACUACAGUGUGGUUAAAGGUUCUAUAUUUGAAAUUCAGAGCAUUAAUAUAGCAGCAAACAACUAUUGUCUAUGUAAAGAUAUAGAGGAGUAAUGUCUACCUGAGCAGAGAGUGAAGUCUCUCUUUGUGUGUUGUAAUCAGAGCUUUGCUGUGCUUUGCUUACAUAGCCAGCUGGCCUCACAUGCAUUUUAGUGCAUACAAGUCUCUCUGUUGUGCCCCACUGGCUAGCUACAGUAAUCGACGCAUCGCACUGCGGUUACAGUUGAUAAUUGUAUCCCGACCAUGGAUGUAUAAAGAGAACUGGAUGCAGCGUUGGAGGCGGGACCCCGUUCAUUCCUAUGAAAGUUGCUCAGAGGAGCAUGAAGCCUAAAUGGCUCGACUUCCAUCUGGGAAAGUACCCGAAUCUUCCGGUGAUCUUCCGCAUCCAUUGGGCACAUGGAAGAUGCGCAGUAACGUCCGCUCGGUCACAUGACGAAAUUGGGAUCAACGACUGGCGCUCUUCUUGGGGGCUUGGUCCCGGCGCACGGCGUCUUUGCAGAAACAUAGUGCCCACUCUCCUCUAAUAUUUAAAUGCAGACAAUCACAAGCACUAAUGUUACUAAACGUACCUUCAAUAGUAGUGCCUCUCCAGUCAGCUGGCUCACAGGAAACUAUUUUAAUGUGACAGCUUGUGUCAGCGGUGAGAAGCUCUGCUCAUGCUCCCACCCCCAACCUGUGAUUGGACAGUUGAUUGUUUUUCAUUUUGGCAUGGAUGAUGCGUUAAAUCUCAAAAAAAAGAAAAAGCUCUCCUGCACCUCCUUAUGAAAACUGUGAUGAUGCUUUGCAUUUAGUAUUGGCAGGUUUAAGCUGAACACUGAGAUGUAAUGCACCUCUUCAAUUUGUUUUCUGUGUUGCGAUUUCAUUUGAAUGUAGCAUUGAAAAACAAUUCAUUCAGUUGUUAAAGACAAAAAGCUAAAUAAUUGUCCUUUUAACAAAUGUUUUUCAUUUAAUUAUGACAGGAAAUGUUAUUUUACUUUUUAUUUAGGCAUAAUCGGGGUACAAAGAUUACCUGUAGGUCUCUUUUGACAUUUACAAAAUCUUUUACAGAUGGAAUUAAUUAAUAAUAUGAAUUUAUAUCAAUAAAGCAUAGUAAAGAAUGUACACAUGGAGUAAGAAAACAGAAUGUGUGUGCUUAUGCUUUAAAAAAACACCUCCACACCUCACUCAGAAUAAAAAAAUAAAAAAAUAAAAAAAUCUAAUCAUUUUGUG